AUCGCUCUAGGAUGUGCCAGUGUGAUUGGAGUCGAUCAACAUAAAGCCGAAUAAGGAAUGACCUCAUACGACCUCAGAGCGGACGCUAACCCAGAAUAGGACCGGCAGAAGCCCUAAAGGCUACCCGAAUAAGGCUUAGUUCAGGGCAAGACCCUAGGGUGUACCGGAAAGGAACAACAUGAUUCCAGAGGAUCCUUAAACAGUAGGCGGUGAGCUGCGGGGAGUGACGCUGAUCUUGCUUGCAGAGGGACAAAUGAAUGGAGUUACUUUAUUCUGGUGUUGUUGACAGCCAGCAGACCCUGAAACAGGAAUCCAGAGCUCUGUGGGUCUAUCUCAUAUGGCUUUUCUGUCCUGACGGACGUCUGCCUUUACCAGUUGAGCUCACUUACAGUCGAGCGUUCAACUGAUUCGCCAUGGCUCAACCAAUCGAGUUGGCCGGAGAGGCCAAUCCGCUGACCCUCCAGAAUGUCUUCAACGCUCUGGUAUCUGCAGCUGGCUCAACGCAGAUGCAAGUGCAGACAGGUGCAAAACAGCUCCAGACCUGGGAAACGCAAGAAGGAUACUAUUCUCUGCUGCAGGACAUCUUCGUCGAUUAUUCCGUUCCUGCAGAAGUCCGAUACCUCGCAAUCAUCCAACUGAAAAAUGGGAUCGACAAGUACUGGCGCAAGGCGGCGUCACAUGCACUCAAGAAGGAAGAAAAGGAGAAGAUCAAGACGCGUGCUCUGGAGGCGGGGAUCGUUGAGCCAGCUCCUCUACUAGCUCUACACAAUGCUCUGAUGAUUGCAAAGAUUGUGCGACAUGAAUUCCCUCAAGACUGGCCCGACGCAAUCCCUACGCUCAUUGGAUUUCUCCGUGCCUCCGUUCAACCUGGUGCCAAUCCACUGCAGCUACCACGCGUCCUGGUGAUUCUGCUGCAAGUGAUCAAAGAAUUGUCAACCGCAAGAUUGCAGAGAAAGCGUGCGAGCCUACAGUCUGUUGCUCCUGAGAUUCUCGCUCUCCUGGGAGGUAUCUACGUGGAUAAAGUAAACAAAUGGGCUGGCUUCCUAGAGCAGGGCAAUGUUAGUGAUGCCACCCUGGCGGAGGCAAUUGAGCAAAGUCUGGUCUCGUUGAAAGUCCUUCGCAGACUGUUGAUCGCUGGCUUUGAACAUCCCAGUCGUGAUAAGGACGUACGGGAUUUCUGGGCCCUUACCCAUUCUCACUUUAGCAAGUUCUACUCCUGGGUUCAAGCAGGCUCUAGUUUCCCACCAGAGAUCUUGAAAUACGUUGAAAAGCAUCUGCUUCAACUAUCCAAGCUGCAUGUGGAGAUGUCAAAUGUUCAUCCAGCGUCUUUUGCCCUGCUUCCUGACAGUAUCACGCUAGUUAGAUCAUAUUGGACAUUGGUUGUGAAGCUGGCAGAGACUUAUGAAGCUACUGUUCUCAAUGCAAGCGAAAUGGGCGCUGAUUCUGGUUCAGGAGGAGAGAAGACUUUGAUGGAGAAGGUGGGACUAAAGGCGCUACUUCUGCUGAGAGCUUGCGUGAGGAUGGCCUUCAACCCAGCCCAGACGUUCAAGUAUCAGCAGCCCCAGGACAAGGAGGAGAAAAAAGAGUCCAUAGCAUUUAUCAAGUCCCAACUCUUUACUGAAGACAUUGUGGUCAAUAUAAUGGAGCUUCUAGUGACCAAGUUCUUCAAGUUCCGUCAGAGUGACUUCCAGGAGUGGGAGGAGGAACCUGAGGAAUGGGAAAAGCGAGAAGAAGAGACGUCUAGCGCCUGGGAGUUUUCCAUCCGCUCCUGUUCCGAAAAGCUUUUCCUUGAUCUCGUCAUACAUUUCAAGGAUCUCCUCAUACCAAGACUUCUGAAUGUCUUCUAUUCAUUUGCGACUCCAGAGAAUCGCGAUGUCUUGCUGAAAGAUUCACUAUAUUCCGCCAUCGGACUGGCUGCUGCGAGUCUAGAGCAGCAGUUGGACUUCAACACAUUUUUGGAGUCCACUCUUGUUCCAGAGGUUCAGAUUCAGCAGCAGGGUUACAAUCUUCUCCGCAGAAGAGUAGCAAUCUUGCUUGGACAAUGGGUGCCGGUCAAACCGGGGGAGUUAAAUCGAACCGCCAUAUACCAAAUAUUCCAGCACCUACUUAGCAAACAGGAUCCAUUAAAUGAUCUUGUUGUUAGAAUUACCGCGGGAAGACAGCUCCGAAGUGUGCUAGACCCCUACGAAUUCUCUCCUGAAGUCUUCCUUCCGUUUGCUCCGACGAUACUUGAAUCGCUCAUGAGUCUAGUGCAAGAAGUUGAGUUGUCGGAGACGAAGAUGGGCCUAUUGGAGACAGUGCGCGUUGCAGUCGUAAAAAUGGAAGAUAAUAUUGCUCCUUUCUCGGACCAAAUCAUCCGACUAUUACCGCCUUUGUGGGAACAGUCAGGGGAGGAGCACCUCAUGAAGCAGGCGAUCUUGACUCUGCUAUCUGCAUUAAUUCAUUCCCUGAAACAGCAGUCUGUGCGAUACCAUGCGGAUAUACUUCCACUUAUCAAGAAUUCAGUCGAGCCAGGAUCGGAGACUUUGGUUUACCUCUUGGAUGAGGCUCUCGAACUUUGGGCUGCCAUCCUCACCCAGACUCCCGCCCCAGCAUCCGAAGAUAUCAUCUCCCUUCUACCCUCUUUAUUCCCUAUCCUCGAAGCCGCUACGGACAGUGCUCCUUUAGCACUUCAAAUAGCCGAGUCUUAUAUUCUUCUUUCACCACAAGAAGUCCUGAGUGAUCGGAUACGCUUCCAAAUGCUUGUGUCUUUCGAGAGUCUCCUCCGUUCCACCACCAGACAGCGUCUUGGUAUUGUUCCGCGCCUGGUGGAAAUGCUCAUCCGCUCUGUGGAAAGAGUCGACGGUGGAAGCGAAGCUGGAUAUAAUGUCGUCGCCAAGUCUCUCAUCGACAGUUCGUUUCUCUCUUCCCUCCUUGAGGGUCUUCACUCAGCACAUGAAGCUAGCCAGCAGACUGGGCCAAAUAGGAAAUCUCCAGCAGUGUACGGCGUCGUCGAGACGGACUAUCUAUCCGUUCUUGCUAGACUAGCACUUGCGAACCCCAAAGUCUUUGUCUCCGCCGUGUCUGCCGCAACCGGCCAACCCGAGGAAAGCUGUCUGUCAUGGAUACUGACAGAGUGGUUCUUUCAUUAUGAUAACAUCGGCAGCACCAGCCAAAAGAAGCUCCAUGCACUCGCUCUUACUCAGUUGCUCUCACUCAACACCCCUGAAGCACCACCCCCUGCCUAUCUCCUCAACAAUCUCCAGUCUUACCUUGCAACCUGGACGGAUAUCAUCACUGAGCUCGCCGAAGGUACGGCAGAGGAACCUAACGACCCCCGUGGAGGAGAUUAUCUCAUCCAUUGGAACAAUGCCGAGACAGCGCCAUAUCACGAUAAUGAGCCUCCGGAGAGCUUGCGCCGACGUGACUUUGAGAGAUCCGACGUGAUCCACAGAAUCAAUAUUCGAGACUUUGUCCGCCAGAGACUGCAGACUGUCAUUAUGGCCUGUGGCGGUGAGCAGCAGUUCCAGGACGCGUGGCUCAUCAACGUGGAUAGAGAAGUGGUAGCUGCCUUUGGUGCAUUGGGACUACUAUGAGUGAAUGACCUGCUAUGUGGAAGAAAAAGAAUUAUUGAUCUCUCUCAACUAUUUCUCCCCUACUACACAGGAAUUCCUUUGUUUCUGCCAAUGAACCAGUUUUCAGCAUUACUCGAAGCAUAGCCAUUCGUCGGGAUAUCAUACAAUGCCAUACAUAAUACCCCUUUAUGUGGAAGUAACAUGUUCCUUAUCAUUUCGAAAGCAUACUCUACUCCCUGAAUAUCCUAUCUAGAUCAAAAAGAGAAUAGCAAGGAAAUAGCAUGAUGAUGACUCUAAUCGUUGAAAUAGCGACUCCCGAUCCGUCCUCGCUCUAGGCUAGACAUAGGCAUACCUAUAAUUCAGCAUCAUUCGAGCCUCACAACUUCGCUUCCUCGAUUUUCCUCUAG